AUGAAUGAAACCAGUGAUUCUGAUAUAAAAUUAAGUAUUAAUCAUGAUGGUAGUAUAGCAUAUAUUCGAUUUGAUGGAGAUUCAACAAGAAGUACGAGUUCAUCAAUUGUUCUUAGUAGGUGUAGUAGUGAUGAAGAAAAUGACGAUAAUCGUUAUAAACCAUCAUUGCAAUGGAAAAGACAAAAAAUUUUGAAUAAUGAUUGUCACCAUUCUGAACAUCUUUCCAAUGGUAACAAUGCCCUUAAUAAUUUGCCAAUCGAUCGAAAUUCUAUUAUGUCAGCAAAAGAAAAUGUUGCAGUUUCGUUUGAUGAUGAACGACAAACAAUACCAUCAAGACGUUUACCACCUAUACCUGCAGAUAAACUUCAUCGAAGAAAUCCACAUACAGUUCGACAAGAACUUAAAAUGCUCGAUGAUUUUGUACCAGACACAACUCUAGCUGAUGUACAACUAAGUGAAAUGCCCGGCCUUCAAAAUACAGAACAAUGGAAACGUAUUGCUGGUCGAACAGUUCAUCCAUCACCACCAUUAUCACGUCAAUAUUAUCAAACAGUUGUAUCAACACUUGAAUUACAAGAUGGACAAAUACCACAACCAUUAGGUUCAUAUCGUCGACCAGGUCGUAGUGAAAAUGAACAAAAUCUACCAAGUAUUACCACAUCUCCAUGGAGUACAUCACGUCGUCGAGUUAUAAUUAGUUCAUCAGUUGCUGUUGUUAUUGUAGCUAUAGUAGUUUCUGUUGUUCUUGCUGUUACAUUAACUGCAAGCUCAGAUCGAAUAACAUCUGAUUAUUAUGAAGGAAGUAUUUAUGUUCGUGCAAAUUUUGAUCCAUUACUUUUAGAUCCAACAUCAACAUUAGUCAGAGAUUAUAAAAAAGAAUUUUGUGCAUUAGUUCGAAGAACACUAGUUGGUGGUAAAACAAAAUAUGCUAGGUCUUAUUCAACUUGUAGUGUAAUUGCUUUUCGUAAUGGAAGUAUAAUUGCAGAUUUUGUUCUUGGUUUUAAACGCUCUUAUAAUGUAACACGUCUGAAUUCAUAUCUUAAUCGUACAUUAGUUAAUCAAGAACUAUUUGGUGGAUCAAUUUUAUCUAUAGAAUUUAAUAUAACUGCAUUUGAUAUUAAUAAUAAUAAUAAUACUAAUAACAAUACAACUCAAACAAUUGAUAUUUAUGAUGAAGAUGAUGAUGAUGAUGAUGAUGAUGAUGAUGAUAACGAUGAUGACAAUAACGAUGAUCCAAAUAAUUCAGGAAAAUUUAUAAUGAAUGACCAAAAUUUAAUAAAUGAACCAGAACAACCAACACAAACGUCAUUUACAACUGUUACAUAUAAAACACUUGAUAAAGGUUUGUCUAUAACUAUAUCCGAAACGAUAACAAUCACUAAUAAUAAUAAUUUUGAUAAAUUGCCUAUUAAUAAUAAAAAUUAUGAACUUAUAUUAGUACCAACAACUGAUAAUACAAAAACUGUUGUUGUUCCUAGUGGGGGUACUAAUGAAAAAACUGUUUUACCACCUCCGACAACAACAACAACAAAUCUAGUAACAAAAUCUCCAUCGAGUCCUCAUCUUCUCCGACCAAUAAAACCAAUUAGUGAUACCAAUUUUGCUUAUAUUGAUGAUUCAAGUGAUGAUCGUACAAUAAGUUCAGGGAAUGCUACAUCGACUUUAGAAGAUUUAACAACUAGAGAUUCUACAACAUCAGCUUCAACAUCGUCACUUGAUGAGGGAACAUUAACAAAUUCAACAUCAACUAUUGCUAAUAAUGUUGCGAUAACAACAGCAACAACAUCAAAUCAACCACUAAAUCAAAAUCGUCCACUAAAAACUAAAGAUGAAAAUUCGAACGAAAAACAAUUAUUUUCUUCACGUUCGAAUCCAAAUGUAAUCAAAAGACAACGACGUGUAGUUAUACCAAAAAAACAUCGUCGUUUAUUACAAUAUGAAUUAAUGCCAACAGGAAAAAUUUACUAUGUUGAUCGAUCAUUUUAUAAUGAAAGUAAAAAAUCGAAAGAUGACAAUGAUAGUAAUUCAAGUAUUGUACUUAGUACAGUAAUAUCUCGUUCCAGUUCAGUUGAUACAUUGAGUGAUAAACGUUACCGUCAUCGUCAUCAUCAUCAUCAUCAUCAUCAACAACAACAACAGCAACAACAAAAUCGAAAAUAUUAUCCUAAUUUAUCAUUAAAAAAACCUGAACAAAAAUUAUCAGUUGCUGGAAGAUUAGCAUCAAACAAUAACUUAACAACAACAACAUCACCAUUUAAACCAAUAAGUUCGAAUACAAAAAAAAAACGUUUUUCAUCAUUUGAACCUACACCAGAAUCACUUGAUCGAGUAUUUGAUGUUUUAAUUGCAGCUGAUAAACGACGAGAAGAACAUGAAUUUUGGAGAGAAAAAUUUGAUCAUCGUACAAUAACUUCACGUUCUUUAACAUCAAAUUCUAGAACACAUGAUGCAACAACUAAUUCAAAUACAAUACCAGUUCUUCAUACAAAACAAGCACAAUUAAAUGUAAAUUCAAAUUUGAAUAAUACUGAUAAUCGUUCACAAUCUUAUACAACUAAACGUAAUUCGUCAUAUGAUACAUAUAAUCGACAGAGGGGUUGUCUACUAGAAGAUUGUCUUCGACGACGAACUUUAAUUAUUCAACAACAGCAGCAACAACAAAAACUACAACAAUUACAACCAUCACGCAAUUAUUCACCAAAUACAAUUUAUUCUACUAACUAUCCUAAACAACAACUACCUCCAACUGGCAAACCACCACCUUCUACAGUAACAACGACAACAACAGCAACUGCUACUAAUAAUCAACAACCAGUACGCAUUUUUCCAUUAUCAAAUGGUCGUGUAGGUCGAGCUCCACAAGCUCGACAAACAUCUGAUGAACUUUCGUCUCAAUCAGACGUAUGGGCAACACGUUCAUCUUUAGAAGACGAAUUUCAUCAUCCUAAAAAAUCAACAAAUCAUACUCGUUUUCAAUCAGCUGUUCAUCGCAAUCGAAUAAAUGAUCCCAAAAUUCUUAAUAAUAAACGUGCAUCCAGUGUUGAACAACAAAAACCAAAUAGAACACAAAAUAAAAAUUUAACAACUAAAAGCAAAUUUUUCGAUUUAUUUAAAUUCACGCGUUAG